UCCAUCCAUGGCGUCUCCAUGCUUUCCCUCUCAAACUCUAAUUUUAAUCGGCCUGGUAUUCAGUCUUUCCACAUCAUGUGGCCACUGUUACUACCAGAAGGUCAUGAACCCAAUCGACGCCUGCUGGAGGUCAAAAUCCAACUGGGCCACUAACCGCCGCGCAUUGGCCGAUUGCGCCGUCGGGUUCGGAAGAAACGCCGUCGGAGGGAAGUUCGGAGCAACUUACGUCGUCACUGACCCGUCGGAUGAUCCAGCAAACCCUAAGCCCGGAACGCUCAGACAUGGCGUGAUCCAGGGGAAGCCAUUGUGGAUUGUGUUCGCAAGAAGUAUGGUAAUAAAAUUGAAGAACGAGCUGAUGAUCAAUAGCUACAAGACGAUUGAUGGACGGGGAGCCAAAGUGGAGAUUGGUUAUGGUCCCUGCAUCACAAUACAGCACGUGAGCCAUAUCAUCGUACACGGGAUCAGCAUUCAUGACUGUAAGCCUGGAAAGUCUGGGCUCGUACGGGAUAGCCUCGUCCACGUCGGACAUCGGAAAGGAUCCGACGGAGAUGCUAUCGUUGUUUUCGAUUCUUCCGAUGUGUGGAUAGAUCAUUGCUCGUUGUCGCGUGCUUCGGACGGGCUAAUCGAUGUCAUUCAUGGCUCUACUGGCAUCACAAUUUCGAAUAGCUUCUUCUCUUAUCACGAUAAAGUUAUGUUGUUCGGACACGAUGACAAGAAUAUGGAGGACAAGAACAUCAAAGUCACAGUGGCGUUCAACCAUUUCGGGCCUGGUUUGGUUCAGAGAAUGCCUAGGCUGAGGCUAGGGUAUGCUCAUGUAGCUAACAACAGAUACGAGCAGUGGAUGAUGUACGCCAUUGGCGGGAGUGCUAAUCCAACCAUCUUCAGUGAAGGCAACUAUUUCGCAGCACCAAACAAUCAUGACCUCAAACAAGUUACAAAGAGGGAGCCUAACAGGAAUGGGUGGGAGAGCUGGAAAUGGAGAUCAUCGAGGGACAAGUUUGUAAACGGGGCGUAUUUUGUGCAGUCAGGAUAUGGCAGCAUAUCUCCAGGCUACUCUAAAACGCAGUCGUUUAAGGUCGCUGAUGGAUCCAUGGUGCCUCUUCUCACCUCUGAUGCUGGCCCUUUAACCUGCACUCCUUAUAAACCCUGCACUUGACUUGAGCUUGACUUCUUCACACUACCUUUUUUUUUUUCUUUGUUUUUGUCUCAAAUGGUGGUGUAGAUUUCCCUUCAUCUAACGGGCAACCCAUAGAUGGGAUAGAUGUAAUAUUUUCUUUUUCAUUUUAUUUUGUCUUCGUCGAAUGGUUGGGAUAUUGGAAUGCAAGAAUCUAUGUUGAAUAGGCCAUAUUAAAUUUAAAUAUAAAAUAACUUUAAAGAAAAUAUUGAAAUAA